AUGCCUACGGUACGAGCAAUUCAGAGGUCGAUUUCCAGUUUACGAAACCAGGGGCAAAUGGUAGGUUUCGACGAGGAGAAUGAGGCGAUUGUUGGUCUAGCAGUAAAAGUCAACACUGUCACUAACGUUGUUCUGCUUGCUUCCAAGGAUGCAAUUGUAUUUUUCACCAGGUCUGCUUCGACCACUGCCUCGCUGGUCAAGUCAGCACUGGGUCUUCUGUGCACGUUUGUCAGAGUUUUCUUUAACAAGUACGCGUCUUCUCAAUCAGCACAAUUUCGUAAUGAGAGAACAAGGCUCGAGCCAUUGGGAUUGCUUGUACUAUCUAUGAUCAUUAUUAUCUUGUUUGUGCGGGUUCUGCAGGAGGCUGUGAACCGGCUCAUAUGGGGCCUGCACGAGAUUAUGGAACUGAAUGCGAUGUGUAUCGAAAAAAUGACGCUGGCAUUUACGGCAAAAAUCAUGAUUGUCCAAUGGUGUCUGAUAGCUUUGGAUCAUAUCAAUAACUUUACGGGAGCCACCGCACCAAAGGAAAAUUAUCGAGAUAUUCUGUAUCUGGUUACCCGAUUCAGCGACAACAUUACUGAAAUUAGAGAGUAUUUUACGUACCAAGUCGGAGAUCUGGUGACUGUCGAAGGCGAUAUCGUUAUUGGUAGUACCUUGCUAACAAUGCGCGACUGCCACGAUCUGGCUGAAUCGCUAGAAUAUGCGAUCGAGACACUACCAACUGUGUAA